AUGAUAUGGGUCAUUUUUUAUUGGCACCGAAUCUUUCGUUUGACACCUGCUUAUCUUACUUUUAUACUUUUCUAUGCCACAUAUGGACCAUUGACUGAUUUUGGACCAAAUGAAAUCGUUCAAAGACAAGAUAUGGAAAAUUGCAAAAAGUAUGGAUGGAAGAAUUUGCUUUAUAUCAACAAUAUUUAUGAACCGAGAAAAAAUUGUCUUUCAAUUUCAUGGUACAUGGCAGCUGACACUCAAAUGUACCUCGUUUCUCCGUUAUUUCUAAUUGGAUUUCUUCUUGGACCAGUACCUGGAAUUAUCAUUUCCUCCUUAGUUAUUCUGUUUUCAAUUCUUCUCAACUAUUGGCUAUUUUUCCAUUUUGAUCUUCCUUUGACACUGAUUCAAGCAUACAUGACAGGCGAUGAUCACAUAAUUCAUGUACUCCAAGAUCUAGUUUAUGAAGCGGCUUAUAUCAGAAUUCCUCCAUUCAUAUUUGGAAUUUGUAUGGGAUAUAUGAUGUUGAAAACUAGAAAUAUGAAGAUUGAAAUGAACAACGGACCCGUCUUUUGCCUCUGGAUAAAUAAUACUGUUUCUCUUUACAGGUCUAAUUGGAAAGUUUAUGUCAUUACCAUUUUGGACUCCACUUGGAAAACUAACUUACUGCGCUUAUUUGUGUCAUAUAUUGAUAGUCAACGGUCUAUUCAAUAUGGAAAGAUCUCCACCUCACUUUGUGGGUGCAUUUCAUACAGUAGGUUAACUAUGAUCUCCCCAAGUAAUCCCCAAAUAUUUCAGUAUAUUACGAAAGUAGUACCGUCUGUUGUUGCCGCUUGUGGUUUCGCAGUAAUAUGGACACUCGUUUUCGAAAUGCCAUUUGCAAAACUCGAAUCGUUUUUCAUUCGAACGCUGGUUGCAAAUCCUGCUAGUGAGAAGGAAAAACAAUGCACAAAAAUUUGA